AUGUCAAUGUCCGCGGUUUUGUCCGCCCUCCGCAGCGCCGGCCGGCGGCAGCUCUCCGCUUCGACGGCCGGCGUGAGGCAGGCGACCGGGUCACACGUGUUCCGGAUUGACACGUACGCUCAGGCCAGGAGGACGAUGCCCAAGGGCUGGAAGAUGAGUUCGAGCACGUUCAGCGUCGGCGGCCACGACUGGCGUGUCGAGUGCUAUCCGAACGGCGACUGGCAGGAACAUGACGGCUCCAUCUCUCUCUACCUCAACCAUGCCAGCCACAGCAAGACCGGCGACGCCAUAGCGGAGUUCCGGUUUUGUAUACUCAACCAGGUGGACUGGGAGGAGCCAUCGUGGACUAGAUUCUCGGGGGUGCGCCUCUUCUCGGAUACCACCGAUCGGUCCUGGGGCUGGGCCGACUUCGUAAAACAUGAGAAUCUGGAGGAGGAGAAGGAUCUCUAUGUCAAGGACGACUGCCUCGCCGUCCUGUGCGACGUCACCGUCACAGCUGGGAUGCCCACCGACGACCACGCCGAGGCUGCCACGCCAAAACCUGAGGCCGUGGCGGCGGCGGCGGCGGCGGCGGCGGCACCACAUUUCGACUUACACGCGGAACUCGUCUCGAACAACCAAAAACCGGACGUGCUGAUUGAGGUCGGCGGCGAGACGUUGGCAGUCCACCGGCGGGUGCUCGAGGCCCGAUCCCCCGUCUUCAAGGCGGAUCUCUCGCUCGCCUCGGCCAGCGAGGGCGCUACCACUGUGCUACGCGUCGACGACAUGGACGCCGACGUGUGCAAGGCUCUGCUCUGGUUCAUCUACAGCGGCACGCCGGAUAUGAACCAGCUAGAGACGGCGGACACGAUGGCUGAGCGGCUGCUCGUUGCGGCGGACAGGUAUAAGCUGGAGGAGCUGAAGCAGAUAUGCGCGGAUGCGCUACGCCGGCGAAUCCGCAUGAGCUCCGUGGGGACAACCCUUGCGCUGGCCGAGCGGCAUAGUUGCCCCGAGCUGAGGGAAGCAUGCAUGCAGUACAUAUCUUUUCCCGGCAACUUGAAAGCACUCAUGGCUACCGAUGGUUUUGAGCAGAUGAAAACAGAUUGCUCCUCUGCUCUGUUGGAGCUCGUCCUGAAGCAGAUGGUGCGGCUGGAGCUGUAG